AUGGCGACCACCGCACCCAUCAACCUGCCCAAGGCCAAGUCCGUGAAGACCACCCCCAAGAAGCAAAAGGCGACGCCGAUGGUCGUCGACGCGACCUCCGAGACCGAGUCGUCUGGAGUGGAGGGGAUCCACGCGAAGCUGCUGGAGAUCCAGAAGGGGCAGCAAAAACUCCAGAAGUCCCUGAACAAGACGCAAAAGCAGGCCAACGAGCUCCGGUCGUACGUCUUCGGAGAGGGGGAGGAGGACGGCGGCGCGGGCAAGAAGCGGAAGCGCCAGGAGCCCACCGGCUUCGCCAAGCCCGCCUACCUCUCGGCCGCCCUGAGCGACUUCCUGGGCCUCGGACGCGACACCUUCAUGCCCCGCGCGGACGUCUUCAAGAUGCUGCACGACUACAUCAAGAACAACCAGCUGCAGGUCCCUGGGAACGGGAGGAUGCUGACCGUGGACGCCAAGCUCUCCGAGCUCCUCGGGAUCCCGGAGGGCAAAGUGACGUCCUUCUUCUCGCUGCAGAAGUACCUGGUCAAGCACUACGGGAAGACGGCCUUCAGCCAGGAGACGGCGGCGGACGGCGACGAGCAAGACUCGACAUAG